GUCCAAGAAUUUCGUCCUUUCUUAUAUAUAAUGUACCAGGGGAGAGAGAAAAAUAAGUGUAAAAAAUAUGUACUAUUUCUGCAACAUCUGACCUCGGAUUUCCCGGCUUCUGUUCCUCCAGAAUCAUCUAACUCCGUGGAUUGGGGGAAUUUUCAUUGUUUCUGUUGUCUGAGUUGCAGGAUAUAACAAGGCAUUUGGGGGUUUGCCUCUUGCGGAGAGGGGCUGCUGGUUCGCGAAGUCAGUUCAGCUUCUGCGAGCUUGAGAACCUCUCUGUUUAUAGUUAUGUUAUCUCGUGGGCACGGGGUUUGAUCUUUUGAUGUUUCUGUGAUUGCAUUCAUUCUGGUUUGGUGCAAGAUACUGAGUGGGAUAAAGGGGUUUGUGAGGGAUUGACAGAGUUAAUCAUGGGUGCUGCUUGUUGCUGUUUGAGAGAUGACUGGGAAGAGUUUGCUAAUCCUAACAGCUCGAUUUAUAGGAACUGUAUAUGCAUUCAUUGCUUCAUCCAGAACUUCGUACAUGUGUAUGCAUCACUGUUUCAUAGAGGAGAAGAACGUGCCUUACCUUCGUCCACUCAGGGGACGGCAUCAUUAAGUUCUACGGCAUCACUUGAUAACUCUUUAGCCGAUAUGUAUCGUUCUCCUCCAAGACCUCUGCCUUAUGAUGCAGAUCCAAGAUAUUUCCGAUUGCAGCGUGAUGGACUGGUCUCUAGACGGGAGAAAGGAUCAAGCCAUUCGCAUGAGGAAACUGAACCACUAAGGACAGCUGAAGUUGAAGAAGAAUCUGAAUCUGUGAGCAGCAAGAACAAAUGGAACAAGUUUACUUGCGAAGAAGAAUCCAAAGAAUUUAAUUCAAGAUCAUCACUGAAGCUCUCAACAGCCAAACCAACAACAGGAUUUGCUCAUAUUUAUACUUCUUCAGAAGAUGAAGAUGUCUGCCCCACAUGUCUUGAAGAAUAUACUGAAGAAAACCCCAAAAUAGUUACAAAGUGUUCUCACCAUUUCCAUCUUGGUUGUAUAUACGAGUGGAUGGAAAGAAGUGACAACUGCCCAGUUUGCGGCAAGGUGAUGGCAUUCGAUGAGACGGCUUGAUGCAUCCCCACCGGAGCUCUGGUCGUGGACGAAACCAACCACCAAAGCAGUGAAUAACACAAUCAGAAUCAGAAAGUGUAAAGUCUGUAUAUAACGUUUGUUAAGAAUGUUUGUCUUCUUUAUAUAUAUGUGCUCAACUGCUGCUGAUAUGAUUCAGCACAACAAUUCACCAGCACAUUUAUUUUUCUUCCAGGCACUUUCAUGUCGUGUAUUUUUCACAUUUGACAUUUUCAUGUGAAGCGAACCGGAGUGUUCAACUGGGAAGA